AGCGGUGAAAUAUCAAAGCCGGGAUGGGAGCUGUCAUCGUCGGGCCAACAUCAUGGGUGGCGUGUUGAAUUAGAAUGCCUUCCCACACCCCACCGCAAUUCUCCCACCAUAAUGCCACCUCCCCUCUACGUGCCGUCGGUAUGGCCGGGUGGGGAUGAUAGGAGAGGACAGGUUAUACACCUCGGCUUGGCGGCCACGGAGAGAGAGAUGGGAGGUGAAGUUCGCGUUGGGCCACCAGACGGCGCGAGGCUAGCAUUCCACUCGGAGCUCGGAGCGACACGGUCGAGAGCCGCCACUACUUUCCUGGAUUCCGUGGAGUACACGUCGCUUUUCGCACAGUUACGUGUGCGGUGCGAAGGAGGUGAUCGAUUCCUCGGUGCUCGCGGAUUUUUCGGACACGUCUCGCACGGGUUUUGUGUGAAUAAUAAUCUCUGUUGGUUCAAAGUGCAGUGUGAUUUCUUAGUGGAAAACCAAAUGGUUGUGCUCGAGGAAGGCGGUAUGCUGACUACUGGACACAAUCAGUACUUACAACCGGAUUAUCUUUCUCCGCUUCCAACCACGUUGGACGCGAAGAAGAGUCCUCUGGCGUUAUUGGCACAGACAUGCAGCCAGAUCGGAGCAGAUUCGCCCGCUAAACCGCUGAUUUCGCCUCUGGAGAAGACCACGAAGGGCAUGAGCAUCGCUACGAACGCCAAAUCACCGCCAGCCGCGAAACUGGAGCGCAGUACGCGCGGCAGUCCGACGGACGGCAAAUCGUUGGCGUUCAAGCCGUACGAGACCAACGUUGUGACGAAGAAAACUUCGGACGAGGGUAGACCCACGUCUAAAGCCAGUGUACACAGUGUCAGUGGUCAGGAUAGUGUCAGUGGUGGUGAUAACGCGCAUUCCGAGAAAAAAUCGUCCGGCAAUCGCACGCCAGUGAGUCGAAAGUCCGCGUCGCCGAGCGACCACCAAGCGACGGCAACGGCCACCAGCGGCACGCCGUCGGCGGAUCGAAAGACCCCGGCGGACCGUGAGAAGACCGACGGCUCACCGCGGAAUAGCAGCAGCAAUAAUAACGGCACGAGUCCGAUCAUAAGGUCCGGAAUGGAGAUCCUUUCCGGCGCUCACACAAAGGAUAAUCUGGCCGCCUACAAGCCGGGUCUUCCCGGAUUUUCCGGCAAUCCCUUGUGCUGUCCGCCAGGCUUGGCGGAGAAUCCAGCCUUCAGGCCGCCAUUCGCCGGCGCGUCACCUUUCUCGCAUCAUCAUGCCGCCGCAGCGGCACUCCUGGGCUAUCCGUCGGCCAGCCCGACCGGAGGCAACCCGUAUCUGAGUUACGCUCGCGUCAAAACCCCGGCGGGCGGUGAAGCUUUAGUGCCGGUCUGCAAAGACCCCUACUGUACUGGCUGCCAAUACAGCAUGCACAGCGCUCAGAUUAUGAUGGGCGCGGGUAGCUGUCCGAGCGGCUGCACCCAAUGCGAUCAUCAGAAGUACGGACUGGCCAUGGCGUUGUCGUCUUUGGGCCCGAUGCCGCCGCCGUCACUCUCCUAUCCGUCCACGUUAGCCGGCGGUCGGCCUUACGUUUGCAACUGGAUCGCUGGCGACUCGUAUUGCGGCAAACGGUUCGCCACGUCGGAGGAGCUCCUCCAGCAUCUCCGCAGUCACACCAGCCUGACCGGCAACGAUCACACGGCGGCCCUCCUCGGCAAUCCUCAUCCGCAUCCGCUGCUGUCGCCGUCGACGGCGCUUCACCGAGCGAGCGGCGGCUCUUACCCGGCGCCGUCGCUGAGCCCUCUCAGCGCCAGAUAUCAUCCUUACGGGAAGCCGCCGACGGGUCCGCUUCCGGCUUCGCUGGCCGCGUCGCCGUACAGCGCUUUCAACGCCUUGGGACCGUAUUAUUCACCGUAUGCGAUUUACGGACAGCGAAUCGGCGCCGCUGUACAUCCUUAAGAUGGAUAUACACGAUGGAUAUACACGGCGGUACGACCUUUUUUUUUCCUUCUCUGUUUCUUUCUCGGUGUACAGUUGGAGAAUGUGCAAAGAUACGGAUUUGCCGUCUAAGAGACUGUUGUGUAAAUAGCCAAUGUGUACAAUACAAAUUUAUUUAAAAGAAUUCUAUAUAUAUAUAUAUAUAUAUAUAUACAUAAAUAUAUAUAUAUGUAUAUACAUAUAUAAAUAUAUAUAAAUAUAUAUAUAUAUAUAUAUGUGUGUACAUUGAAAAUUAUAAUUAAAGUUUAUGAAACAAUUUGACAGUGUAACGUUGUAUCGCGAGACCAUUCUCUUGCGGAACUUGUACGAUACAAGUCUCUAAUACGCGUCUCUCUAUUGAGAUCCGGUUACCAUGUAGAGAAGAACUGCAUGCCAGAUGUAAGUUUAACAUCGUGACGCGACUGCUGGACGGAUCAACCCUGUUCUCACGCAAGAUACGAUGAUACAGUACGCGUGCUAUUUCAGUUCUGUUUUUCAGCGCUUGACAACCGGAAUUGUCGCCUCCUUAUAUCAUCCUCGCGUUACAAGAGACAUUAAUUGGUUAUUCGUCGAUGUAUGGACGUAUGUCCAUGUGAAGAUUGUAAAGUGCGUAUUACAAUUAUAAACUGUAUGUUUUCUCUCGACGCUUUGCAAACGCAAACCUCUCAUGGUGGUGCGUUCGAUAUAACGCGGCGCCGUAUGGACGCGGUCGCGCGUAUUCUAUGUCCAUGAUAUAACUGUGAUAUUACGCUACUUUUUUGAGGAAAACGAGAUUGAAAAAGGAACCUUAUUAACGGAAAUAUCUAAGAUAUCUGAUGCAAAAUAUAAUGUUGUAAUUUAUUGUCAUCACUUAUGUAAGAUAGAGAUACGGAUGUCGUUUCAACGAACAGAAAUAAAAUCGAUCAAGAGUCUGUUUCAUCUUUUUUUUUUCAAAAUUCGAUGAUUGUAAAUGGGAUCUUCGACUAGUUCCGACUAGUUUUGUCUUGAGGGCGUAUCGUUUAUCACAUUGUCGAAUAGGAUAUUCUGAUAGAAGAAGCACAUGAUGUACGAUACGCACAUUAUCUAUAUUGUAAAUAUCUCUUGUAAAUAUCGUUGAGUUUCCAUACCGCUUUAAUAAAAAUGUUUGUAGAAUCACUAAUA